UCAGCUGUCAGAGGACCGUGAUAAAUCGCAAUGCAUUAUUGAUAAUAAUAAUUACGUUGACAUGCGCAUUUCUACUUGAGGGGCUAAUUUUCCCCGAAGAAUUUGUUGAAGAAGGAGAGGAAAAUUUGUUGGCAACUCUUUGCUCCCUGAUGGUUGCACCAUGUCGAGGCGCAAGCAAGCCAAACCGCAGCACAUCAACUCGGACGAGCCGGGCUCGUUAGAAAACGGGAUUCUUCCAGAUGAUCAGACUGAGGUGACUGAAAACGAAGUGAAGAGGAUCAGGAUGGAUGAGACCAGGGUUUGCACCAAGUGUUGUGCCGAAUUCUUUGAUGAAGCCGAAUUCCUUGAGCAUGAGAAAAAUUGCACUAAAAGUCAGCAAGUGCUCAUCAUGAAAGACGGCGAUGGCAACGAAGUGCCUGAGGAAUAUUCACAAGGCUCACCUGAAGGCCUCACGAGUGACCACGACGACAGCCAGUCCAGCAGUCACUCCUUAUCAAACGUCAAUACAGACCACCUGGAAAGAAUGGAGGAAGAGUCCAGUGUGAACGCAGAGGACGCAGGACAGCAGGAGACGGAAAUGCCUGUGAGCCCUGAGAUGUCUUUCCACCAAUCGCACAAAAUGCAAGAUUCAAAUGUCACUCUGGAAACCAUUGCAGACACCAAAGUGGCUGUCUCCCAACAUAUUUCAAAUACUACACCCCUUACCUCGUCACAAGAAGUCAUGCAGGCCAUCCCGAUGAUCCUGGAACAAUUAGUCUGCCUCCAGCAACAGCAGCUGCAGCAAAUCCAGCUCACAGAACAGAUCAGGAUCCAGGUAGCGAUGAUGACUCCACAGGGUCUCCAGUCAUCAGUAGGGGCAGCGAUGGACCCUCUGAAAGCCCUCGGUGCACAUCUCUCUCAACAACUUUCUGCUGCAGCAGCUUUGAUAGGAAAAAGGACCGGCAGUCAGAGCCUCUCUAUGGAGACAAUGAAGCAAGGUAAACUACCUCUGCCCACUGGCAUCCCUACCUCUCUGAAUGGAGGACUGGUGACUUCUAAAACAGACAUUUUGAAGGGCAUUUCAGAUCUGCCAAACCGUUUACCAGCACAACUGCAACAGUCAGGUGUCAUAGGUUAUUCCAGUACCUUCAACGGCAUCCAAGCAGGGAUUGAAUCCACUAAAAAAGUGAAGACGAAGAUGCUGAACCCGCCACUAGAAUCAAAGGACGGCAACUCGUUAUACAAGCACAAGUGUAAAUACUGCGGAAAGACCUUUGGCAAUGACAGCGCUCUCCAGAUACACUUGCGUUCUCACACUGGCGAGAGGCCCUUCAAGUGUAACAUUUGUGGCAACCGGUUCACAACCAAAGGAAACCUUAAAGUGCAUUUCCAGAGGCAUAAAGACAAGUAUCCUAACAUCAGCAUGAACCCGCAUCCUGUGCCAGAACACCUUGACAACAUUCCCACCAGCAGCGGCAUACCCUUUGGCAUGUCUGUGCCCAUGGAUGAGUCCAAUAUGACCGACAUCAAGCCUAUGCUCAGCCAUCCUGCUGCCGGCUUCCACCCAUCACCCGUACCAGGAUUCAAGACAUAUGACGGCUUUGCAGGAGACCCAUUUUCUCAGAGACCCUCCCCUUCAACAAGUGAUGGCUCCCCAUCGGUUUCUGCUAAUGUGUUUGGCCAAGAACCAGGAGUGGAUCCGAAUCAGAAGGAUGCUAAAGAAUUGCUCGGAGCGCUGCAUCAUAUGAACGGUAACGCCCUCAUAGGAGAACAAAGCUCUGGUACUGCAAAACUUCAGCAGAUGGUAGAUGGCCUGGACAAGAGGACCAGUGACCCCAAUGAGUGUGUGAUCUGCCACAGGGUCCUCAGCUGCCAGAGCUCGCUCAAAAUGCAUUACCGAACACACACCGGCGAGAGGCCCUACAAGUGCAAAAUCUGUGGUCGUGCAUUCUCCACCAAGGGUAACCUCAAGGCCCAUUACGGAGUGCACAGGGCCAACACUCCUCUGAAGAUGCAGCACUCGUGUCCCAUCUGCCAGAAGAAAUUCACCAACGCCGUGGUUCUGCAGCAGCACAUUCGCAUGCACAUGGGUGGACAGAUUCCCAACACCCCAAUGCCAGAAAAUCCGUUUGAGGCAGCAGAAGCAAUGGAGUCAUCUCUAUCAGAGGAGAAGUCUAUGGAUAUCACUGGUUUUGAAGCAAGCAUGGAGGAACAUGAGCCGGAGCUGAACUCCCAGAGGCCAAACGACACCUCUGAUCCCAUCCCACCUGCCUCUGAGGAAUCACAAAAGCAAGCAGCCCCCGCUGGGUUUUCCAGCCUCGACGUUUUGAAGAAUCUCACCUCUGCUCUCGCACUGAAACGACAGAGCAGCACCGCUUCGGAAAGCGAGGGAACAUCCAAAGAAUCCCCAUCGGCUCCCAGAGAGCAGGAAUAUCAGAACGGCCGCAGUCCUGCCAUUUCUGACUCUGCUGUGUCAUUUCACUCCUCUUCCCCACUGAACAACAUGAGCAGCAGCAAGUCUCCUGAGUCUGCUGUUGACGACUUUGCCCGCAAACCAGAGUCUGACGGUGGUGCUCAAGGUGGCAGUGAGUCGGGUGGAGCCCUGGACCUCACAGCAUCCAGCAGCUUCACCCCCAGACCAAUCAAAGAAGAGCCUGGCAUACCAUACACAAACGGAGAUUAUGUUCCCAGCAACAUGUCCUUCAUGAGAAUACCAUCAAGUCUGGCCAGCCUGGAGAUGAAGAUCCCUCCGGAGAAUCCCAUGGGCCCGCAUGGUUUCAUCAGCUCCCAUAUGCCUCAGGGAACAGCCAUGCCAUCGUCCAUCUCCACAGCACCGCGACGAUCAAGCAAACAGCACGUGUGUAACAUCUGUGGCAAGAACUUCUCAUCUGCCAGCGCCUUGCAGAUCCAUGAGCGCACUCAUACAGGAGAGAAGCCGUUUGCCUGCAACAUCUGCGGCAGGGCUUUCACCACCAAGGGAAAUCUAAAGGUGCAUAUCGGCACUCACAUGUGGAACAACACAUCACGGCGGGGCCAGCGUCUGUCUCUGGAUAAUCCCAUGGCGUUGAUGGCAAUGAGCUCCGAGGCCAAGAUGUUGCCAGAAAUUAUGCAGGCCCCCAAAGAACUGGGUGCCCCGCCAAUGAACUUUGACCAGUCUCUGUGGAACCAGUAUGCUGCUGCCUUCAGUGGGGGCCUGACCAUGAAGACCAAUGAAAUUUCAGUCAUCCAGGGAGGUGGCAUCCCGCUCCCUGGGAGCCCUGCCGGCGGGCCUCUGAUUGGAUCCACCGGAGGCCUCAUGAAGAUGGAUGGAUCCCACUCUGGCUUGCCUGCCACCAUGGCUGAAAUUGAGAAGAACAGCUCAGAAAGUGUGCCAAAAUCGCAGUUCCCACAUUUCAUGGAGGAGGGUAAAAUUGCAGUUAAUUAGGCGUUUUUUUUCUCCAGUCAGUUUACCACCUGAACUCUUUUUUUGAAUGUCUCCCAUUUAAAUGAGGUACAAUCAACAUUCAGAGAACACCUUGUAGAAUCUGCUUAGAUUGGUUGAAUUUUCUCGGUAACUUCAUUGCAGCUCUCUCCCCUCCUGAUCUGAACAAUUCUCAAGUGUUAUUUUUAGUUCAACUUGAUAUAACUACUGUAGUUGUGUUUUUAUUUUAUAUAAAUAUAUAUGCGGGUAUUUUUUUCCUGUGACUUUUGUUUUUUUUGCUGUCUAUCCAGAAGUUUGAAUGUAUAACUUGAAACACUUGAAACUGCUUUAAUUCAGACCGUCUCCUCGAUGCUUUUUUUGAAGGAUUUCGACUUUAAUAGGAAGUUUCAGGGCAUGACCUUUUACGGACACUGUGUCUCAGUGUUCGGAAAUAAUGGUUUAGUUAACCGUAUGUAUCUAGAAUGACUACUUUCCCUCCUAUUGUGUGCCAUAGAUUUUAUGACAUUGUACAUUUUUUGUAGUGGUAAAUGUCAUCAGCGUGUCAUUUUGAAGGGGCUUUUGAUCAGAUUGUUCCAGCAUAUGUCCAUUAAAUAAAGGUGCAACAAUACAGUCAUCCGUUUGGGAUAAUGUAGGUUUCAAACAGGCUUUAAUCAUCGGUGCAUCAGUGCUAAGAUACAGUAAACUCCAAGCUUUUGCCAAGUGCCUAAUUUGAAUGUUACAAUGUUGCUGUUGUCUUUCACUGCACCAUAAUGUUAUCACAAAGGCUGUUAGACUGAUACAUUUGUGUGUUGUACUGUGUAACAUUGUAUUUCAUAUUUUCACCAAUUUACAAAAGUCAGUUUUCCCUAAAAUGUUUUGCAGAGUCAAAUUUAGUUGGCUGAGCUCCGAAAGUGUUCUCAUGCCUGCACUUUAUUUCAGGUUUUAGUUCAAUUUCCAUCUUGUAGUUACAUUUCACUGCUUUUAUUGUGAUGGCUGACCGAGGGGAAAAAAGGCAAAUCAACUAUUUUGUUAACUUUUCCUCUCUGUCAUGUUUUGUGUGAAACAACCGUCAGACCUUUUGUUUUCUAGGUAAUCAAUUUUGUAGCAUCAUUAAUUUAUUUAUAAUUCACAAAAUGCUUGAGGUUAGGGGGUAAGUUCUACCUCGUUUAGAUUUUAGUUGUCCUCCGCGCCCCCUACUCUCAAAGCAGCGUGCAUUUUCCGAUACAUUCUCGAGUAUACGAUGAGACUUUCACUCUCAACCUGCUGAGUUGGAACAGUAAUGAAUGUAUCACUGGACACUUUACACAACUCAGAAUGGUCAGAUCACUUUGUAGGCCCCCUGCUGUACAUUCCUUAUCGAUAUGCAUUUGCCAAGUUGUGCCUUUCUUUAGCAAACCAUGUCAAAACUGCUUUCAAGUUGGUCUCUACAAUUCAAGUGAUGUUGAGCCAAUUUGGCCUGUUUACAAUGUAAAUGUCUUUUUUUUGUUUCGUUUUUGUUUUUUCAAAUGUUUUCCUA